GAGAUGGCGGAUAGGCUGACGGACUGGACUUUUCUCCGUUUGGUGGAGGCUGCGCUCUCGGCUUAUUGGAGGAACGAAUCGAAUAACGAUUUGACCUCUCAUUUUGUGGCUGUUUAACCGGAAUUCGUUGAAGCAAUGGCGAUGCUGAUGUCCGGCCGGCGGCUGUUGUGUAGAUCCACGACGAACGCGUAUGUGGCAGUUGGCUUCAGAUGGUACUCUGCGUCCUUUAGAGAAGAAAGAGACACGUUUGGUCCCAUUCAAGUUCCUUCCGACAAAUUAUGGGGAGCUCAAACACAAAGAUCGCUGCAGAACUUUGACAUUGGAGGACAGAGGGAGAGAAUGCCUGAGCAAAUUAUACGUUCCUUUGGGAUUCUUAAGAAAUGUGCUGCAAAGGUAAACAUGGACUAUGGUCUUGACCCAACCAUAGGAAAAGCAAUUAUGCAAGCUGCUCAAGAAGUGGCUGAGGGAAAAUUAGAUGACCAUUUCCCUUUGGUAGUUUGGCAAACUGGCAGUGGUACUCAAAGUAACAUGAAUGCCAACGAGGUUAUUGCGAAUAGAGCUGCUGAAAUUCUUGGCCACAAGAGAGGGGAGAAAUUUGUUCAUCCCAAUGAUCAUGUUAACAGAUCUCAGUCUUCUAAUGACACUUUCCCCACUGUAAUGCAUAUUGCAGCUGCUAUGGAGCUAAAUUCAAGAUUGAUCCCAAAGUUGAAACAGUUACACACAACACUACAUUCAAAGACUGUUGAAUUCAAAGACAUUGUUAAAAUUGGCCGUACGCACACGCAAGAUGCCACACCUUUGACUCUUGGACAAGAAUUUAGUGGCUAUACCACACAAGUGAAAUAUGGGAUUGACCGGGUGUACAGCACCCUCCCUCGCAUGUAUCAGCUUGCACAAGGAGGCACAGCUGUUGGAACUGGUUUGAACACAAAGAAAGGGUUUGAUGCAAAGAUUGCUGCGGCUGUAGCAGAGGAAACUAAUCUGCCAUUUGUGACUGCAGAAAACAAAUUUGAGGCACUGGCUGCACACGAUGCUUUUGUAGAAACAAGUGGUGCGCUCAACACUGUUGCUACUUCUCUCAUGAAGAUAGCAAAUGAUAUACGCUUCUUAGGAAGUGGUCCACGAUGUGGUCUAGGAGAGCUCAUACUUCCUGAAAACGAACCAGGGAGCAGUAUAAUGCCGGGUAAGGUCAACCCAACACAGUGCGAGGCUCUUACAAUGGUCUGCGCUCAGGUCAUGGGCAAUCAUGUCGCGAUCACAGUCGGUGGAUCCAAUGGCCAUUUUGAACUGAAUGUAUUUAAGCCAGUUAUUGCCAGUAAUCUAUUACAUUCAUCAAGAUUGCUUGGGGAUGCUUCUAGCUCCUUUGAAAAGAAUUGCGUCCGAGGAAUUCAAGCCAACAGAGAAAGGAUUUCUAAAUUAUUACAUGAGUCUCUCAUGCUUGUUACAUCUUUGAAUCCGAAAAUUGGAUACGACAAAGCUGCAUUAGUUGCAAAGACUGCCCACAAGGAAGGAUCUACCUUGAAGGAUGCUGCAUUGAAACUCGGCGUGCUCAGUUCUGAAGAAUUCGACAACCUCGUGAUACCAGAAAAAAUGAUUGGUCCCUCUGAUUAAUUGUCAAACUUUUAUCAUGAGGAAAUACAAUCCCCCUCUAGGUCGAAGAUUUAAUAGCAGCAAAAAAGCCUCAAUUGAAAAAGCAUUCCCAGCCCAGGUGGAAAGCUUAUGAUUUUUUUUCCUAUAUGAAUAAAAACUAUUUGGCCUGUCACACUUAGAGCCAAGAUUAGGCUGAAGAGCUAUUAGGAUGCGCAAGCCCCAACUGUUUUCCUGGUAAAACCAUCCAUACAUUGGAUAAUAAUUUAAAAGGCAUUGUUGACAUAUAUGCAAAGAACUUCCUUGUUUUAUUUCA